GUGACUCCUAAAGAAAUAAGUCUGGUAUCUUGUUUUUUUUUUCUUCUUGCAUAAUCAUUUUUCACUAGAGUUGCUUAAAGAGAGGCUUAUUUUUGUUGCUCUCUGUGAUAACAAAGAUGGGUGAGAAUACUGGCAACCACCUACCUCAUAACCAGGUGUUCGAUCUUUCCCUUGACAUGCCUACUCAAGGCGGCUCCGAGUGGUUCGGUGAUAAUGGCCGCCUCAAGAGAACUGGGAAUGUUUGGACUGCAAGUGCUUACAUAAUAACAGCUGCGAUGGGGCCGGGAGUUCUCUCUCUAGCCUGGGCCACAGCUCAGCUUGGAUGGAUUGUGGGGCCAACUUUCAUCUUCGUGUUCUCUUUUGUAACCUACUACACUUCUACUCUUCUGGCUGCGUGUUACCGUUCAGGGGAUCCCGUCAAUCGCAGCACAAAUUAUACUUACAUGGACGCUGUUCGAUCCAACCUUGGUGGAGCUAAAGUGAAGCUAUGUGGGCUUGUUCAAUACCUGAAUCUUUUUGGUGUGGCCAUUGGCUACACAAUUGCUUCAUCCAUUAGCAUGAUGGCAAUCGAAAGGUCCAACUGCUUUCACAGCAGCGGCGGCAAGAAUCCGUGCCAUAUGAAUAGAAGUCUUUAUACGAUUGGUUUUGGUGUAGCAGAGAUAAUUUUAUCUCAAAUUCCUGACUUUCAUCAGUUAUGGUGGCUCUCCAUUGUUGCUGCGGUCAUGUCCUUCGCUUACUCAACAAUUGGUCUCGGCCUUGGCAUUGCUAAAAUUGCAAAAACUGGAACUUUCAGGGGAAGUUUGACUGGUAUAAGCAUUGGCACCGUAACUAAAACUCAAAAGAUCUGGACGGGCUUCCAAGCACUUGGUGACAUAGCCUUUGCCUAUUCUUACUCCAUCAUCCUCGUUGAAAUUCAGGACACAGUAAAAUCCCCACCAUCAGAAGAAAAGAUAAUGAAAAAGGCAUCACUAGUAAGUGUUGGAGUUACAACUUUAUUCUACAUGCUCUGUGGCUGCGUUGGCUAUGCUGCUUUUGGAGACUCAUCACCUAAAAAUCUCCUCACUGGUUUCGGAUUCUAUAACCCAUACUGGUUGCUUGACAUAGCCAAUGCCGCCAUUGUUAUCCACCAUGUUGGAGCAUACCAAGUUUUCUGCCAGCCCCUCUUCGCAUUCAUCGAGAAACAAGCUGCUGCGAGAUUUCCAGACAGUGACUUUAUCACCAAAGAAAUUAAAAUCCCAAUCCCAGGAUGUAGACCCUUCAGUCUCAACCUCUUCCGUUUGGUGUGGAGGACUGGUUUUGUGAUCAUAACCACUGUGAUUUCGAUGCUUCUUCCACUCUUUAACGGCGUCUUUGGUCUCCUUGGAGCUCGAGGAUAUUGGCAACUCACUGUCUAUUAUCCUGUUGAGAUGUACAUCGCACAAAAGAAGAUACCAAAGUGGAGCAUGAAAUGGCUUUGCCUCCAAAUCCUAAGCUUCGCUUGCCUUGCUAUCACCAUAGCUGCCGCUGCUGGGUCUAUUGCAGGAGUUGUUCUUGACCUGAAGUCUUAUAAGCCCUUUGCCACCAACUACUAAUCAAUUGAAUCGAAAUGGUAGUCCGCAUUCAUCAACAUUUUCCAAGACAAGGAAGAAAUUAGCGAUUUCAUUUGUCCAUUUUCAUAUUCAAUGUUCAUAUUACGUAAACAGUCAUGAAUGUCACUGGUAUUGCUCUUAGUUUUCUGUUGUUUCAUCUUUCAAACAAAAGUAGGACCAAUGUAUCCAUAGUCGUAGAAUCCUAUAAUUCCUGCGUCCUCCUCUAAGCUUAUAUGUAACUUUGUUUAUUUUCCAGAUGCAAAAAUACGAAGAGUUUGGUAAAAAAUGCGAUUAUGUCUCUGUCUCUGUUCACUUAUUCCACAUCUGUUUCUUUUUUGUGGUCAA